AUGAUUGAGAACUUUGAACAAGUUGCCAUAUUGGUCCUUAAGUCACUGGAUGAGCAGAACGACAGAGUACUCUGGGCUGCUAUGCAUGCCAUUAGGCGAUUGAGUGAAUGUAAGAAACUAUUAUUGCGUGCUCAAUUUCAGAUGAAGUUCUUCGAGAAGCUAGUUCCCAUCAUUAAAUGUAACUCUUGUGCCCGUGUACAGUCAUAUGCUCUCAUUGCCCUUCGAUCCUUGGUAAAAACUUGUGGCUUGGACAAAAUGUCGCAUUUUGGGGAACAGAUUAUCACAUCAUUACUUUUACUUCUUAAGCAUGAAAAGCAGAAGUUACAGAUCGAAGCUGUUGAUACCCUGAAAUCGUUUGCAGUUUCAAUGGAGGAAACUUUUCGCCAAAAUUAUUAUGAUACAACAAUUGAAGCACUGAGAGUUGUUUCGUGCAAUAGUUUACACAAAUCUGUGCUAUGUGUCAAAUGUUUAGAAUGCAUGGUAUAUCUUAUUAGGAAAGUUGGGCGAGAUAACUUCAAAGAACAAGAAGUUGUUCAGGUUGUGGAAUCUCUAAUAUUACUUGAAAGACAAUCGAGUAGUGAAGACUACUUAUUAAAGUGUAUCAUCAUAAAGGUUAUAGAUCAAAUCUGUCAAUGCCCAAGAGUGAGUAUUGGCAAAUUUAUCAACGACAUCAUGCCAAUGUUAAUUGGAUCCAUUCAACCCCAACUUGACAUAAUGGACAAUAAUCUCAGUGAAGAUAGCCUAAAUGAUGAGAGCAAAAAAAUGGUCGAGCUAACAAGAGUUCGGGCUUGUAAUACAUUGUCAUAUUGUGCUAUUCGGUCAUCUAUAAACUUUUCCCCCCACAUUAGCAAGGUUUCUCCAAUCUUUAUACGUUUGCUUGGUUGUUCUAGUUUUCAAAUUCGCAAGGCUUCUAUUUUAGGUCUUCCAAAACUAUUACUCUCACUUAAAGCAGGUGACAAAAGUAAUGACACUAAAAGAGAUAUGACAUUUAUCAUUGUACAAUCUUUGGUUGUAACGUUGAUGAUGGGGAAUGACAGGGAUUUGUCAGUAACAAUAUUGAAGUUACUUGCUACAUGCAUUCAGAUCUCUAGUUCAUUUUUCACUGAUCAACUGAUCAGGUUAAUUGCUGAUGGAAUAAACGAUACAGUAAAAAAGAUUAUUAAAUUUGAAAUGGAGAAAGCACAAGAAGUAGGAACUUUGGAAGAUGUAUUUGAAGCUUUAACAACAGACGAGAUAAUGGAGGAUGUAGUUCACUUAAUAGCAACAACGAUUAACACAUCUAGAGACCAAUUCUUGGUACAUGUUGAUGACCUCGUGUCUAACGUUGUUGGGUUUUUGGCCGAUGAUAAGCCAGACAGAAUAAUAGCUUUUGCAAUUUCCAUUUUUAACGUUAUCUUGCCACUAUUUCCAGACAAAUUGACGCUGUAUUUUGAUAGAUAUAGCUCAGUCUCAUGUCGUGCUUUGACGAAUGAUUAUCCUUGUUCCAUGCUGCAUGCUACACGGGCAGUAGGAAUCUGUGCUAUGUUUGGAGGAGAUAAAUUUAAAGACUCUGUAAAUGCGUGUAUGUUGAUAUUGUACAAUUUUCUGGAUAAAAAACUUGGUGAACUAGUACGUCUAUAUGGCCAAGGAAAUGUGAAAGCGUUAUGGGAUACAACAGUUGCAGCUAUUGGAAAAAUCUGUGAAUUUCAUCGUGAUUGUAUCACCCCUGAGGAGGUUAAAAACUGGUUAUGCUUCUUGCCAUUGAGGCACGAUUACAAUGAAGCUAGAUAUGCACAUGGACUGCUUUCUAAAUGGAUACAAAGGUCGGACGAACAUAUAUUUGGAAGUAAUAAGGAGAAUCUUUCCAAUGUUAUUUCGGUGGUAAAAAGAAUUUUAUCUGGACCUGACCGUCUGGGAACUGAGGAAACUAUUAAUCAGUUGAUUUGCUUCAUAGAGCAAGAUAGUGGAAUGGGAAUUGGAACUGAGGGAUCAUCAGGCACUAAAUCUUCCGAGAUCCUCUAA